CUGUACAUGUCGCGCGCUCAGCUGCCGCCGAGUCGGGCGACGUGAGGAAAUCGAAGUUUGAGUUGAGGUGAAUGGUCUCACCGACCAUUGCGCAAUGUUGACCCAUGCAUUGGCGAGGCUGCGCAUUGCAUAAGGGCCUUCAGAGCGGUACAUACACGCGGAGAUAGGUGCUCUGCUUUAUUGACAAGGACAGUUGCAAACCGAACUGACCCCGCGAUUGAGAACGUUCCAGCUGAAGCCCCUAAACAGCUCAUUUUGUGAGCGCUAUACGUGCGAUAUGACCGCGCCAUCGCUAUCUCCGAGUUCGACCGUGGAUGGAACGUUGCCCGCGCCGCGGCCACGCGGAUAUGUUAAAGAGACCUUGGGCACCGAUGCCUCGAUCUUUGUCGUGAAAGUGGGGACGACAUCGCUAAUGCGACCCGAGCACCAAACCGUCAACCUGUCCUCCCUCGCCAAGCUGUGCGAGGCCGUCCGGGAUCUGCGCAGUCAAGGUCAUCACGUGAUCAUCGUGACCAGCGGCGCUGUGGGUGUGGGCGCGCAGCACCUGUCGCUGCCCGGCCCCGAGCCGCUCCGGAAGCGCGCGCUGGCCGCGGUGGGGCAGGUGCAGCUGAUCAAGUACUAUGAAGACUUCCUGGGCGCGCUGGGACUGAAAUGUGCGCAGCUGCUCCUGACCCUGGACAACCUGGCGAACCGCUCCCAGUACCUCAACGCGCGCACCACCUUCACGGAGCUGCUCGCGUACGGCGUGGUGCCCAUCGUGAACGAGAACGACACGGUGGCAGUUCAGGAGCUGCGCUUCGGCGACAACGACACGCUGUCUGCGCAGGUGGCGGCGCUGGUGCAGGCGGACUGGCUGUUCCUGCUCACAGACGUGGACUGCCUCUACACGGCCAACCCCAAGGACGAUCCCAACGCCACGCCCAUCUACGAGGUGGAGGACAUCUCGCGCCUUACCGCCGACACCAGCACGCGCGGCACGCAGUGGGGCACGGGCGGCAUGGCCACCAAGCUCACCGCCGGCCGCAUCGCCACGGCGGCGGGCUGCACCAUGGUCAUCUGCAACAGCACCGCGCCAGAGAACAUCGUACGCAUCGCGCAGGGCGAGCCCAAGCUGGGCACCAAGUUCUUCCCGCUGCCUCACAGCCUCAAGGGCCGCAAGCGCUGGAUCCUGUCCGUGCCGGUGCGCGGGCAGCUGUGGCUGGACGCGGGCGCGGUGCGGGCGGUGCGCGACAAGCACCGCCCCCUGGUGGCUGCGGGCAUCACGAGGGUGGAGGGCGAGUUCGGACUACAGGAGUGUGUGUCGCUGUUGGACCCGAACGGCUGCGAGUUCGCCCGCGGCCUGUGCGGCGUCGGCAGUCAGGAGCUGUGUGCGCUGCUGGCUGGCACCGGCGCCGGCGGCGGCAGCAGCGACGACGGCGGCGGCGCCACCAUCGGCUGCGGCAGCAGCAGCGGUGGCUACUACGCCAGUGGUGGCGGCAUCGGCGGUGGCAACAGCGGCAUGCUGCUUAUGCGCGGUUCAAGCAGCGGGCCUGACGGCGCCCGUGGGCUGCUGCCGCCGCUCCCGCCCGUUGGCACGGCCCUUGGCGGCGGCGGCGGCGGCGGCGCAGGAGUCGUGGUGGCGGGGCCGGACGCCUACCCUGGCGCCGCAGGUAGCGGCGGCGGUGACGGCUCGACAUCCGCCUCCGCCUUCGCGCCUGCUGCGGCCGCCUCCGCCGCCGUUGCCGCCGCGCUCUCCAGGCGCACCUCUAGCACUGGCUGCGGCGGCGGCGCCCGAGUGCAGGUGUCGGUGGCGGCGGCGGCCACGGCGCUACUGCCGGUGCGGUACGACAGCGCUGCGUCAUUUGCAGCAGCGGCUGGAGGCGGCGGCGGCGGCUGCGGUGGCGGCGUGGCAGGCGGCUGCGGCGGUGGUGGCGGCGGCACUGAGGAGGAUGUUGGCAUGUGCUGCGACCUCACACUGGAGGUGGUGGUACACAGGGGAAAUCUGGUGCUGCUGUCGGCGAGCGAGGAGCUGCCGCCGCCGCCGCCACUGCAGCAGCAGGCGACGGCGGACAUUGAUGACCUCCUGGCAGCGGCCUGUGCUGUCGACGGCGCUGGUGAGGGCGAUGAUGCAAGUGACCAUCCGCUGCCGGCACCGCCCGUGUCGCCGCUGGCUGCGGGCACGCCUGCUGCUGGAGCUGCAGCAUUGGAGGCGCGUGCCAGAGCUGCAUCCGCUGGAGGCGGCGAGACAGUGCUGCUGCCGCCACUGCCGCUACCGGUGCAGCCGCUGGCAGCGCGCCACCAAGCUGCCCUCGCUGCUGACAACCAGCAGCAGGGAAAGCUGGCGCCGUGCGGUGUCGUGGCGAUGCCGCUGCUGCCUGACGUCGAGGAGGGCGGCGGUGGGCUGCUGGAGCGGGCGGCCACCACCGAGGGCGGCGUGGCGGUGCCGGUAGCGGAGCUAGCGAAGAAGCUGGGGGAUGCCGUCUCAACGGCAGUAGCAGCGGGAGGAGCUGCAGGCGGUAGCCCGCCAGCGGCUGAGGAGAAGGAACUGGGCGUGGCCUUCCGAGCGUGUGUGCCGUCCCCGCUGCCGCCAGUGCCGCUGCAAACACUGCCGGCGGCGUGAGCGCUUGCGGCGGAAUGCGGCGGUGCCAGUGGCGGCCAGUAGCUAGGGCAGCCACCCCCGGAGGUUGCGCGUGCGUGCUUGUGCGGCUGAGCUGUCACCGGGGGCAGCCGGGGCAAAUGCAGCGGCGGGCAUCAGGCGGCCCGCCCGCUGCUGCCACCGCGUCACGGCAGAGGUCGGCACCUGCUGGAAGGGUGCCUGCCGGCCACGGCUGGUCACGCACUGCACGGCAGCUUGACCUCGUCUGUUUGAGAUUACAGCAGCAGCGGCGGCAGCGGCGGCCGGGCGGCGGCGGUGGUCACGCGCGGGAAGCGGGAGCAGCGCUUCAUUCCUUGAUUGGAAGUUUGGAACCGCAUAAAUCGCACGCUUUAAUUUCGCUGCCAGCAGGUAACAGCAGGCCCGUGCGUGCGUGCGUUUGGAGCGCCGCCAGCAACAGCCUAAUUAGUGGAGGGUACCGGGGUAGCACGGCAAUACGGCAGUGUUAGGUAUUGCUUAACCGUACGGUUUUGAGGGACACACGGAGGGCUGACUUCAGUAGCCUUUGAUUUAUGGAAAGCGUCUGAGCCCGGCCCUGUUGCCGUAAUUUAUGUGGGGGCUUGUGUUGCCUUUUGACGUUCCCUUGCUUACGCGUGACGGAAUUUUGGCGCUGGCUGGAUUCACCGUGGCAAAGAGGAAGCGCAUUCGUGAGAUUGUUAUUGCAGUACGUGCUGGACCAGGUUCGCUCUCACGUACAUAAACAUUACAUAUGGUAUGGCACAAGAUGAUUAUGCAGCCAGGGCGCUUUCCGCCUCCAUCCAUGAUCACAUAGUGCGCAUCAUGGUAGUUAAACAAUUAUUGGCAGGCCCGCAAUGGGUGCCGCCUCAAGAGCAGCAAUGCUGUCUGUAUGAAUUCAGAAUGCUACUGUCAACUGCCAUAUUAAAAUUACGGCCCCAUGCGCGUCAGGCGCAGCGGCAACUUAUUGACAGGCUGCCCGCUAUUGCGAAGCAGUGUAACACGACGUGUCG